AUGGAAGAGGCAAACACACGAAGUGGUAGAACAACCGUGGCUAUGCGAGAGUACUACUGUUACAAGUUCCAGAUUCGAUCUAACGAUAAUCUGCUUUUGUUCGGUGGUAGGCUGCUACAGCAGUUUGUGGUUGAUGUUUACAUCAAAAUUGAGACGUCACGCUUAGAAUUUUGUGAGAGAAACCAGGCUAAGAUUCGGGCCGAAUUGUACCAAGGUAUUGUGGAUUGCGUCAAUACUGGUGAGGUUCAUGCAAACAGAGUCGGGAAAAGAAUUGUGUUGCCUGCAUCUUUCAUCGGGGGGCCUCGCGACAUGCGUCGUUGGUUUCUAGACGCGAUGACGUUAGUUCAAGAUGACGGCAAGCCUGAUGUAUUCCUUACAAUGACAUGUAAUCCUAAGUGGCCUGAGAUAUGUGAUAACUUACAUGUUGGUCAAACUGCUACAGAUCGUCCAGACCUUGUUUCAAGAGUGUUCCGGGCUAAAUUAGAAGAUCUUAAGGAUCAACUCUUCAAGAAACAUGUCCUCGGGGAAGUUAAGGCAUACGUCUAUGUCAUUGAAUUUCAAAAGCGGGGUUUGCCGCACGCACAUUUUCUCCUAAUCAUGUACCCGCAACACAAGAUCAAUAACGUGGACCAUUAUGAUAAGGUUGUGUGUGCUGAAAUUCCUAACAAACUAACACAUCCCAGAUUGCAUGAGAUGGUUGUCAAGCACAUGAUUCACGGUCCUUGCGGCAAUUUACGAUCAAGCAGUCCUUGUAUGCAGGGUGAUCCUAAAAUUUGUCGUUUUCACUAUCCUAGACAAUUUAACGAACAGAUGACACAAGGAGAAGAUUCGUAUCCGUUGUAUCGAAGGAGAGACACCGGGAUAGAAGUGGACCUACGAGGACAAACACUUGAUAACAGAUGGGUGGUCCCAUAUAACCCAAGGCUUUUGAUGAUGUUUAACUGCCACAUGAAUGUUGAAGUUUGCUCAAGUAUAAAAUCUGUGAAAUAUCUUUUCAAAUAUGUUUAUAAAGGACAUGACAAACAGGUUAUUCAAGUCGAUCAAAGUGAGCCAGGGGUUGUUAUUAAUGAGAUAAAAAGAUUUCAAGAUGCACGCUACAUAUCGCCCCCAGAGGCUAUGUGGCUCAUUUUUUCCUUCUCUCUUUCUCAAAUCUUUCCUGCUGUUCUAGCCUUACAACUUCAUCUCCCAAAUAAUCAGAUGGUUAGAUUUAGAGAUGAUGAGUUGAUGCCUAAUAUUGUUGAUAGGGAAAGGGAUAAGAGAACCAUGCUAACAACAUUUUUUGAGAUAAAUAGAAACGAUGAAACAGCAAGGGUACAUUUGUAUAAAGAUUUUCCAAAACACUUUACGUGGAAUGGAAGCACACGCCGUUGGAGUCGUCGUUUCGGUAAAAAACAAAGAGGUCGUAUCGUUUCCGCUAAUCCAGCCGAAGGAGAAAGGUACUACUUACGCCUACUUUUGUCAAAUGUCAGAGGGCCUACUUCUUUUGAACAUCUUUGCACAGUUAAUGGUCAACAGUGUGCGACAUUUUGGAAAGCAGCUCUUGAGUUAGGCUUAAUAGAAGACGAUGAAUAUCUAUCACAAUGUCUCGAAGAAGCCUCUACGUUUCAGUUUCCCAAUGCUCUUAGAAGGUGA